AUGCAUCUGUUAUUUAUUUUUCUGGCUCUAGCUGUCAACGCCUUCCCCAUUACGGAGGUUUUGCAAGAGCGAAGUUCAGUCGAUUACUUUGACCCCCGUGAACGAGGAGGCUCUCUGCUUGAUAGUUCAGCUGGUCUUGGUGAACCUUUGAACGUCAUCAUCUCAGGAAAAAGCUCUCCGCAAAUCCUUACUCCCAGUGGCUUCCUGAAAUAUGCGCAGGCUGUUGGCUUCUCGGACGGAUGUCUUGGAAUCAACACUAGCGGAGAACAGCAAGCAAAUCUCGGCGACGGCCACGGUCUAGUGGGCACGAUGGCACUUUACCGACAAUCUUUCGGCAUUCCUGGUCUUGGUUCCUGCUUGGAGACUUUCACGGGAGGGAGCCAUUUCAGGGUCUGGAAGCAAGACAGGCCCGACGCGAAUAGCGGUGCCCUAUUCUUAGCUGUUUCUCGAGAAGAGAAUCUCGCGCAUAAGCACACUAUUGCGCCCAACGGUUAUAAUAUCGGACGGUGCGUUUUCCUUCUCCAGUCCUCGAUGAAAGGCUUUAUAAUUAUGUCUUUCAAUUUGAAGCGCUACACCACGACCAUUCAAGAUAUAACCAAUCUUCUUGAGCCCGGAUCUCAAGGGGUGAACCAUGGAAUCUCUCAGGAUGGGAUCGUCAAGCUACUCACCAUCACCAUAUCGUGA